GAGGGUUCAUGAAAAGUUGCGUUAAUUUGAUUUCCUGUUGCUUAUUUAACCAAAUAUUUGCGAGUUGAGCGGAUUGAAGUGGAUAUCAAAUAUACAUAGUAGUUGCUUCAUCAUAAUCGCGAUUCGGCUCAUUGACACGAUAAAAUAUUUUUGUUGUAUAUCAACCUGAUCUGAAAUGCUUUGCAUCCAUCAUGAGCCAGACCGCCUGGGGAAACUAAAAGAGUUUGAAACCAGAUGUAUUCAGUAGAAAAAUCUUGAUAACAGAGAACGACUUCAAGAAAAAAUUGACAUAAAGCUGAUGGUGGAUACGACCAGGCACUGAUUGACGACUGACCUCAACCUAACAAAGGUUGAAAGAUCUUUUUAGAAGGAGUUUAUUACGGUUUUGUAAGGAUUUCUAGCCGUAAUGAAUGUGCAAAACAAUAAUUCUGAUGGGGAGGACAACAUAUCGCCUGCGAUGAACCAAGCUUACUACGAGGAGCCAUUUGUCCUUAUGGCCGCUCGCCUAACUUUCGAGGUGAUGUUAGCCCUCAUGGGCCUUGUUGGGAACAUAACGGUAUCAUUUGUGAUAUCAAGACAACGAAAAUUUCGCUCGGGGCUGAAACUUUACAUUAGAAAUCUGGCCUUGGCAGACAUUGGGAUCUUGGCUAUCAGUUUUCCUAUUGCCGUGGUGAAAGAGCAGCUUCCACUGCAUUGGCCAUUUGGUAAAGUGGUAUGUUUAUAUUUUUAUCCCUUAGCAGAAGUCUUUCAUGGAGUCUCCGUUUGGUCCAUUACCGCUAUAGCUAUUGAACGCUACAGAAAAAUCACUACCUCUAACGGAUUUCGUUACAGCACCUAUAUCUCUACAAAGCCUUUAAAAUGGGGAAUUGUUGUGAUUUGGAUCGUUUCGUUUCUUGUUGUGACUUUCCCGUUGCUUUUUGUGAUGAAUUUUGUGGAAAAUGCUACUGAGACGUACUGUGAUGUCGUUUGGUCUCACGCAGUGCACAGUGUAUACAUCAUAUCUUUGACAAUCUUUUGGUACCUGCUGCCUCUGGCAAUCAUCGUUUUUACCUAUGCUAAGAUUACCAGACAGAUACAACAAAGCAACAACUUCCAUAGAUCAAGUAUUAAACGGCGUUCAAGGGAGAAGAACGUCCGAGAUCCUCGUAUUUCUAUGCGUUUUGCGGAGGAGGAAAAGAGAAUGCGGCAGAAUUCGAAGGCCAAGAAACUUCUCACACCCAUAGUGCUAGUAUUCACGAUCUCCAUGCUUCCACUGAAUUUUCUCCGAGUUUUGCUGCUAUUCUGGGAAGAAUUCUUCUUCGAGAAAUUCUUCUGGCUCAUCUAUAACAUCUGUGUUAUUGGUGUUGUAAUUAACUCAGCAUCCGAUCCGCUGAUCUAUUCAAUAGUGUCUAAGGAUUUCCGAUUGGAGCUGAAGGAAAUCUCUUCUCGGUUUACCAAUAGGUUGCAGAAUGUCGUUAAGCUAAGAAGAGAUAAGAAAAAUAGCAUUUGUGACAAGAAGUUCGAAACGGGUGGAAUCCCUCGAGAAUACAAUCUUGACGAAGAGAGUGCAAUUUUAGUUACCCCCGUUUAAAAAAUAUGUACUUGCUGUGAAAACACAAAAUUAAUGAGCGGACAUUAGCGCUGCAUUAUCACUGGCACCAUAUGCUUGUGCAAAUUUGUAAAUAAACACAUGAUUACUCCAUUAUCUCCAGAUGAUGAUAUUUGUACAAAUUUUAGCAAUCAUAAAGUUAGAUCGUUGUACGUGAUGUCAAUACCAUGUCAUUAGAGAAAGUUUCUUUCAUGCCUAAGGACUUUCAAGUGGUUAUCUACUUAUGUAAGUGAAAUAUUGACAAGCUGAUUGCGAAAAUGUAAAGAGCAACGUAGACAUCUGCGAUAUUUCUGUCAUUACGGAAGACGUCGGUGACAGAGAACAGUCUAGAUGUUGCAGCUGGUCAGUUCGCCCUUUCAUUACUCAGUGACCGAAAAGAAGUUUCUCCGUACGAUAUUUAUUUUAAACAAAAAUGGGGCAGAAAGGAAGAUUAUUAAAUAUUGGUACACCAAAAUCUCAUGAAAGAUGUCUGAUAUACAAUGCAGAAAAUUUAUAGGUUGAUCUUGGGAGUGAAACGGUGGGGUUCAUGAUGAUAAAUCUCCCACACGGCUCCCAACUGGAAUAUAUGACCAGAUGUACAGGGAAUUUUUCAAUCAGGGGACUCUCGAAGUAACGUGUUUUGUACGUAAAUCAAAAUUGUUUAUAAUAGCUUCGCUGUUUCCUUCACGUGGACCGAAAUAUUGCCCAAUAAAAGCUGUCUGAAGCAAGGGACUUUGA